AUGUUCUUUCAGUUCGAACUACCCGCGGCUCCACACGCGAACCAGAACGGCGUCAGACAGCAACGUCAGAAUCCAGUGUUGCCAGCAGAGCCUAGAGCUCGCCCAGUUAAUAAUCGACCCGUGGAUGUACCAAAUGCGAAUCAAGCGAUCCGCAGAGAACAACCACUGGUUGAGACACCGAUUCUUCGUGCAGACCCGCCAGGACUUAGAGCACCACCUACCGUGCCACCAUAUGUACCCGCGGGAACAACGAACCAAGCCAAAGCCAGUGCAGCGAAGAACAGAGCCCCUACCAAUUACAUGAGAAGACCACCUCCUCGUCCACUGACGGAGGAUCCGGGAUCCCAACCAUGUUCCAGCUCACAAAUCGCACCAGCUACGGCAGAGUCGGCAAGCUCGAGUGCACAAGCAGCCAGUUCCUCGACAAUCAAUAUUGAUAACAUGUUCAACCCAGAGACUUACGCGUCAAUGGGUCCGUGGUCGAACGAAAUGGAGCGCAGAAGUACAGUUCCACUGAGAACCAAUUUUGCAAGUGUACCCGCGGGAAUUGAGUCACAAGAAGCCCACUCUCAGGAUAAUACUCUAAUUGAGGCUUCUCAAAUACAGCCAGCCAACAACAUGCAGAUGAUUCAACCCAUGAGCCACCACAGCUCGAAUUCUGCCCACAAAGAGGGAUCAGAAUCUCAAAGUCGUGGCAACUCGAGAGAAUCCGCGGUUGGAAGACCCAGUUCGCAAAACUCAUGGCGAACAGCCAGUCCUCAGGACCAGCUGGAAGCUAAUCUCGAAAGAGAGAUCCAAGCGAACGCAAUCUUCCACUGUCACGAACAUCUACGUGUUGAUGGGACACCAAUGAGACCGGCAUUCCAGCACAGAGCUUUCCAAACGAUCCUCGACUUAGCACCAGUUGAGAGAACCGCGGCACAAAUCAUACGUAUCCAAACACUCCAAUUCAUCAUCACAGCUCAGAAAGAUGAGAGAAUGGAGGUAUACCACUAUCAAAAUCCGCGGCUGAUCAAAGACUACCUGGACAUGCUCAUACGUCUUGGAGAAGCGCUGUCAACCACCGACAUCAUGGUUGUCAAGCUGGAGAAACGCCACAAAACCAACAUCAUCCAAAAGCGAAGAGCAGGCACGGACAUCUUUCCCGUACCGUCGUUCGAUCUGUGGACGCACACUCACGUAGCCAACGCGAUGGAGUUUAUCCUAGGAACCGGAGAAGUCGGGGUCGUAGAGCGUAUCUACAACUUCAACGCUCGAGAGCCACGUCUAUGGUUCGAGCUCGAUCACCCAAUAGACAUCGACCUCCCGGCAGAACUCCAAAGAGCCCGUGAGCAGCAGAUACUACAAACAGUUCGACCGACCGAGAGAUACCACCCGCGGACACUAGCCCAGUUGGAAGCAACAUCCAGACUCCCCAUCCCCUUGGACAUCGGUGCAAUCCACAUUCAAAUCGAGUGGAUGACACUGUACCUUUCGGGAACGUCGCUAGUUGAUCAGAACCAUGUCCCAGAAUACAAAAUCAUGGCAUACGCAGAGAUGCUCAGAGCCAUCCUGGAGCUCCUCAUCUAUCUACGCCAAGAAUUCCACUUCGAUCCAGCAGUCCGUUUUAUCGACUGCGGAGAAGAAUUAGGUGUCAUGGCGGCCCGCGGACACAACAUUGUUGCCCCCACUCUGAGACUCUUCGCAUACAGAGAUGUGGUCCAGGUGAAAGCAUACCUUCAAAUCGUCUGGAGCUCAUUGAUCGAAGCCCAUCAAGACAAACCAGAGGAAUGCGAAUGCAUCACCACCCCAGAGUGA